GUCCUUGAUACAUUUGCCGUCUGCCGAACAUCCGCCCAAAAGUGUUUGGCGGCGGUCGUGUGAUUGAUUCCACCAGAGACAUUACUAAAUGCAUCACCUGUUAUGCUUUUUGAAAAUAAUUGAAACAGUCUCAAUAGAAGCCUUUCAAGACAGAUAGUGUUUGACAUAUCACUGAGACUCUGUUUAGUUCUAGAUUUGUAAGCCUGUGUCCUGUAAAGGCUCUCAGCCACCCCAUUGGGAAUGAAGAUGGCAUCUCUUCUGUCAGCUGAGGAGGAGGAGGCGACCCAGAAGUUCCUGGAGAUCGUGAACAAGGCCCGCGCCAGAAAGAAUGCCGGCCCCAUCACGUGGAAGACUGCCGUGAAAUUCCUGAUGGCCCGGAAGUUCGAUGUUGACCGGGCGCUAACGCUUUACGAGCAGCACGAGCGAACAAGACUCAUGGAGAAUCUCACCGAUUUCCGGCCGCACGAGAACCCUCUCAAGAGCGAGCUGGAAAUGGGCAAAUUCACGCUACUGCCGGCGCGGGACAGCUGCGGCGCCUCGAUAGCGCUGUUCACGGCCCGGCUUCACUUUCCGCACCUCUCCACACACAAGGACACACUGCAGGGCAUCGUGUACCAGCUGGACGUGGCGAUGGAGAGCAUCGACGCGCAGCGGAACGGACUCGUCUUCAUCUACGACAUGUCCGACUCGAAAUACUCAAACUUCGACUACGACCUCAGUCAGAAGAUCCUCACACUGUUGAAGGGCGGCUACCCGGCGCGCCUGAAAAAGGUGCUAAUCGUGACGGCGCCCCUCUGGUUCCGGGCGCCGUUCAAAAUCCUCCGUCUGUUCGUCAGAGAGAAGCUGCGCGACCGUGUGUGGACCGUCAGUCGUCCCCAGCUGUCGCUGCACAUUGCGCGCGAGUCGCUGCCGCCCCAGUUCGGUGGCACGCUGCGUGCCGACCAUGCCCAGUGGCUGCGCGACUGCCACCGUUCGAUGAGUAGCCGGGCGGAUGGUGACCUGUGCGACAUCAGCCUCACCCAGCUGGACCGCGAGAGGCUGGGCAUGGCGGCCGACGACAUGGCCAACGCCAACAACUCGACGGCGGCCAGCGUGGCCAGCGAGCCGUCCGAGGCCUCCUUCUCGUCGGCAGACGGCGACGGCAACGUGCAGCGCCGGCCGGCCGACUCCCCGCCGCCCGCGACGGCGCCGGGGCCGGCCGCCGAUCGUGACCACUGCGGCGCCGGCGACGAAGGGGGCGGAGGCGGCGGCGGCGGCUCCCCGGACCCGGCCGGCUGCUCCGAGAGCUCAGGGUUCAGCGACGACGACAGUCUGCACAUGGACGACGGUCGCGGCAUCACGCUGGUCGAGCUGCUGCAGCAGCUGCAGACCAAGGGCCGCCGCGGCCUCUAUGACGACUACUGGGAGAUCAAGUCGCGACCGCCGGCCGGCACCUUCAACCACUCGAUGAUCCCGGCCAACCGGGGUAAGAACCGGUACAGCGACGUGCUCUGCUACGACCACAGCCGCGUGACGCUGACUCAGGUCAACGACGACCCCAACUCGGACUACAUCAACGCCAACUUUGUCGACGGAUAUAAACAGAAGAACGCCUUCAUCUCGUCACAAGGUCCGAUCCCGGGCACGUUCGCCGACUUCUGGCGAAUGGUGUGGGAGCAGCGCGUGCUGCUGAUUGUGAUGACCACGCGACUAGUGGAGCAGGGCCGGACCAAGUGCGGCCGGUACUGGCCACUCGAGUUCGGCGCCGAGACCCGGCACGGCUUCUUCACCGUGGAGAACCUGGGCGUGACGCAGCACGACUGUUAUAACGUCAGUCAGCUACUGGUGACGGACACACGCACCGAGCAGACGAGAGAGGUGACGCACUUUCUGUUCACGGCCUGGCCCGACUACAACGUGCCCCACUCGGCCGAGACGAUGCUGCGGUUUCUGGCGGCCAUCCGCGAGACCCAGGAGCGCCGUCUGCCCGAGCUGUCGCCCUCGUGGACGGGCCACCCGCUGGGGCCGCCCAUCCUGGUCCACUGCAGUGCCGGCAUCGGAAGGACCGGCACGCUGUGCACGCUGGACAUCUGCAUACGCCGCCUGGAGGACGUCGGCACCGUGGACGUGCAGGGUACCGUCGAGAAGGUGCGCUCGCAGCGCGCGCACAGCAUCCAGAUGCCCGACCAGUACGUGUUCUGUCACACGGCGCUGGUGGACUACGCCGUGUCGCGCGGCUACCUCAGCGCCGAGCAGGCUAACAGCGUGCAGCUGCUCUCCGAGCGGGCUCCGCCGGACUCGGACUGAAUGGGACGGAACAGUGGCCGACCAGUGACCGAUCAGAGGACCGGAGGAUGUGGGCGAGUGGUGUGAGAAGAGGAGAGGGAGAGCGACGGCCGAUGAAGCUGUGUUUGGUUUCAUUGGCGCGUUGUGAAGGCUAUGUGUCCGGCGAUGUGCGAAUCACUCGGAGUGUGAAGCCAUAUCCAGCGUCAGUGAUGGCCUGGCGGCACGGCAGUGUGCUGGAGGGAUCAACACCUCCAGAGAUCGCUGGACACCGUGUGAGGGCGACACACCAACACUCCUAUCAUGACAGAUCUGCGGGCUCGGGCGGAGCUCUCUGUGCCGCUGGCGGAGCGCCGCCGCCACCAGGACGUCAGGAGCCGACGGACAGGACAGGUGGGCCGGUCUCGUUACUCAAAUACUGACACCAGGCUCCCGACCCAGCUGCUGUACAGUUUCCUCGAGCGUCGAGCUGGCCGGUCGCCUCGUGGCCGUCGGUCGGCAAGACGUCCUCAUGAGCCAGCGAACAGUGUGGGUCUCAGAAUCCUCUUCUACUCAUUUCGCCCCCGCGUAUGACGAGAAGAUGGUUACUAUGAGCUGGCGACUACGGAGGAACCGAACGUCACCGGUACAUUUUUGACCAGUGUAUGAGGACGGUCCGGGUAACCCCGGGCCGGAGUUACUGGAGCGCUCGAGCCACCGGAGCCGAGACAGGUGGCGGGCGCGGACGAGCGGACGCUGUGCGAGGGCGUCCAUGUGAUAUUUCUCGGCAUUAGUGGUCCGCGGCGCCCCUGGCGCGAGCAGUGGGUCUGCCGUCUCCGAUGUCGGCGCCGGCGCGGGGUGUCUCGGUACCUGCAGUCGCCGGGCAAUGGAGUGGGUAGCGACGAGCCCGGCUCCACCGCGGAUGCGCACCCGGCCGCCGCCAUCGGCUGCCGCGGGCGAAACGGCAUCGGGACUGCUUUUGAAACCUUUAUCGGGCGAGAGUGAGCGACCAAGGCGCGUGAGUCGUGAGAGCAUGGGUGAGAGGAGUGAGAAGGUCCACUAACUUCCAUCUGAACGCAUUUUAGUCGCGAUCUAGCUGUCGCCGCUCGCCGGGUCAGUAUUUUACGUUAAACCAAAGACAUUGUUGUACAUACGCAGCGGCACUGCAGCGCAAAAGAGAGACCAUACCUACCACAUGUGAGGCGACGGAAUCGGAGUAUAUUUUCUCUAAUAUAGCGUAUUUAUUGUAGGCGGCUCGGCGCACGGCGAACCGCGGCGCUUCUGCGGCGAACCUGACGCCGCGCCCGCGCUGCGCGUGUUUCCGCUGCGGCGAACCGGGCGCCGUGUCGCGCCGCGCCUCGUCUCCGCUGUCUUCCGAGCUGUCCGGCCGGUCCGAGCGGCCGCCACCUCUGUCUGAUCACAUACUGAGCAUCUGAGCUCGGCCCAGAGCCGCCCGCCCGAGCCUCUCUGUCGCAACGCCCGUAUCGAAAGAGUGAGGGAGGGCAGAGUGAGCGUGAUGAGUCAACGAGUGAGCGAGUGAGCGCAAUAUGUGAGCUAGUGAGAAUGUUUGAGCAAGUGAGCGCAGUAUGUCAGUAAGUGAAUGCAAUGUAUGAGCGAGUAAGCGCGAUGAGUUCAUGACAUGCAGGCGUGAGUCAAGCCUUGUACAGUGUAUGCGACGUUGCGGCUCGUUGUUAAAAAAUAUCUAACCCGGAAAACGGA